AUGAGAGCUCGGGGAAGUUCCACAAAAAUGGGGUCUCCAAAUGCAGUCCAUGGUCUGCUCCUCCUAUCGCUGUUUCUACUGAAUUUUAUUCAAUCCGAAUCGGCGGUGGCCAGCAUAGAUCUAGGCUCCGAGUGGCUGAAGGUCUCCGUGGUCAACCUCAAGCCCGGCCAGCCGCCGAUCUCGAUCGCCAUCAACGAGAUGUCGAAGCGCAAGACGCCGUCCCUCAUCAGCUUCCACGCCGAUUCGCGAUUGAUCGGCGAGGAGUCGCUCAACCUCCUCGCGCGCUACCCGAGCAAGGUUUACUCCCAUCUACCCUCGCUCCUCGGCAAACCCUACCGUUUCGCGCGGGAUCUCCUCCGUAAGCUGUACUUGAGCUACGAGAUGGUCCCCGAGGACGUGCGCAGCGUGCCGGUUUUCCAGGCGGAGAGUGGGAAUUUCACGGCGGAGGAGCUUGUGGCAAUGGUGCUGAAGUAUGCAGCUGGGCUGGCAGAGACACACGCCAGGACGGGCGUGAAGGAUGUGGUGAUCACGGUGCCUCCGUUCAUGGGGGUGGCAGAGAGGAGAGGACUUCAGGCGGCCGCGGAUUUGGCGGGGCUGAAUGUGCUGGCAUUGGUGAAUGAGCAUUCAGGGGCUGCUCUGCAGUAUGGGAUUGAUAAGGAUUUCUCCAAUGAAUCGAGGCAUGUGGUCUUCUAUGACAUGGGGGCGAGCAGCACCUAUGCUGCAUUGGUGUUUUUUUCAGCUUAUAAUGCUAAGGAACGGGGGAAGAGUGUGUCCGUGAAUCAAUUUCAGGUGAAGGAUGUCAAAUGGGAUGGGGAACUCGGGGGUCAGAGAAUGGAGCUGAGGAUGGUAGAGUAUUUUGCUGAUGAGUUCAAUAAGCAGCUUGGAAAUGGGAUUGAUAUUAGGAACUCUCCCAAGGCUAUGGCCAAGUUGAAGAAACAAGUUAAGCGCACAAAAGAGAUUCUGAGCGCUAAUGGGAUGGCUCCAAUAUCUGUAGAGUCUCUAUAUGACGAUCGUGACUUCAGGAGCACAAUUACUCGUGAGAAAUUUGAAGAUCUUUGUGAAGAUCUUUGGGAAAAGGCCCUUGUUCCUCUGAAAGAACUUCUCAAGCAUUCUGGAUUAAGUUCUGAUGAUUUAUAUGCAGUGGAGUUGAUUGGAGGUGCCACUCGAGUUCCUAAGUUGCAGGCUAAGCUUCAGGAGUUUCUUGGAAGGAAGGAGUUAGACAAGCAUCUGGAUGCCGAUGAGGCAAUUGUUCUAGGUGCCUCACUGCAUGCUGCGAAUUUAAGUGACGGAAUCAAAUUGAACCGUAAGCUAGGAAUGAUUGAUGGUUCUACUUAUGGCUUUGUGUUUGAGUUGAAUGGUGAUGGUCUAGUAAGAGAUGAAAGCACCAGACAGCUUAUUGUGCCAAGGAUGAAAAAGUUACCCAGCAAGAUGUUCAGAUCUAUUGUUCACAACAAGGACUUUGAAGUUUCACUUUCUUAUGAGAGUCAAGAUCUGUUACCCCCUGGAGCCUCUUCUUCAGUAUUUGCACAAUAUCAUGUGUCAGGUCUCACAAACGCUAGUGAAAGGUACUCAUCACGAAACCUUUCCUCCCCAAUUAAGGCCAAUUUACACUUCUCUCUCAGUAGAAGUGGUACUUUUUCUUUGGACCGGGCAGAAGCUGUUGUUGAGAUAACUGAAUGGGUAGAAGUCCCAAGAAAGAAUAUCACGGUAGACAAUUCAACAUCUGCUUCGGCUAACCUUACAGAUGCUGAUACGAAGAAUCCUUCAGAGGAAAACUCUGACAAUGUGGAGACUAACAAUAGCAAUGGUAACACGUCAGAAUCUAGAGUUAGUGAUAAUGCUGGCACUGUGGAUCUUGGUAUUGAAAAGAAGCUGAAGAAAAGGACUUUCCGAGUUUCCCUAAAGAUUAUUGACAAAACAACAGUACCUGGAAUGCCUUUCUCGAAAGAAUUCUUUGCUGAGGCUAAACAUAAAUUGGAAGCAUUAGACAAAAAGGAUGCAGAAAGGAGAAGAACAGCAGAAUUGAAAAAUAACCUGGAAGGAUACAUAUAUUCUACUAAAGACAAGCUUGAAACAGACGAGUUCGAAAAAAUUUCUACAGAUCAAGAGCGGCAGUCCUUUAUUGAAAAACUUAAUGAGGUGCAAGAUUGGCUGUAUACUGAUGGUGAAGAUGCUUCUGCUACUGAUUUUCAAGAGCGGCUAGAUAUGUUGAAAGCCAUUGGUGAUCCCAUAUUCUUUAGAUUUAAAGAACUCACUGCACGUCCGGCUGCAUCUGAACAUGCUCAGAGAUACCUUACGGAGUUACAGCAGAUUGUACAAGGAUGGGAAAAGAACAAACCUUGGCUGCCGAGAGAGAGAAUAGAUGAGGUCAUACGUGAAGCUGAAAAGUUGAAAAAUUGGUUAAGCGACAAGGAGGCUGAGCAGAAGAAGACCUCUGGGUUUAGCAAACCAGCAAUCACGUCUGAUGAAGUAUAUGAUAAGGUUUUAGAUCUCCAGGACAAGGUUUCGAGUGUGAACCGUAUUCCCAAACCAAAGUGGAAAGUUAAGAAACCCGCCAAAUUAAAUUCCACCGACUCUGCAUCUGAGGGAACAAACUCCUCAAAGGCGGAUGACAAUGCGGAUGCCGAGUCCAAACCAAAUGACGAGCUGUAA